CAUACAUAGUUAUUAUUAAUUUAAACGGGCUUGUUGGGCACCUUAGUGGUUAAUGUUUCAAAAUUGUUUAAGUAAGUCUGUGACUUGUACGUUGGUAUAGCUUUUAAAAGACUGGAUGUUCCAUGUCGUCUUCGUUGGCUUAAACUUUAAAACGGAUAUAGAAUAUUACACCUACGAAGUCCUCUGGAGUGUACCGUGUCCAGCUUAUCCUGAGCCACAAGUUACAGUCAGCGUUUUCUUCUAUGUCGCUAGACACAUCAGUUAUCCCCCUCAUUACCCCGUCCACGUUUCAUAUGGAUUCGAGGGAUACGAGUUUCUGCAUAAACUGAGCAUGAUCUUCAGACCAAAGUGGUUGUACGAUAUCUUGGACAUGAAGACGAUGAUAUUUCAGUCUAUCGAUUUCUGAAUCGUCAAAAAUACUUCGCUCGUACAGUCUGACCAAUAAAUAAAUUAACAUAAUGCAAAUACGAAUACGUUAAUAUUUUAGAAGGAAAUAUUUGCAGCAAAGCUUUCGAAAAGCAUCUGUCGCCCGUGGAACGUCGUAAAACCAUGGGUGUCGUGUUCGUGCAAAUCGAGCGUGCUUGCGGCGCACUUUAGCCAUGCGCUGCACCGGGGUUUGCAUCAAUUGGUCAAGCAAUAAGAGCAGGUGACAGGUGCAAUGGAAAAUACAGCUACCAAGGGCUUUCGUUAACUUUUACACAGUUUGCUGAAACUCCAUGGAACAUAGUAUACCAUAAAAUUAUUGUGAUCCAGUUUUAUCAUGUCUCGGUGAAAAACCCUUAGUGAAAAAUAAAAUCAUGAAUAUGAAAAAUUAUUUACGCGUAUGUUAACAAUAAAAAAUAGUAUUCUAUACAUAUGUAAUGUUGAACUAGUAUAAUCAAACAGUUAAAGAUACCUUGAAGAGGUGUCAAUAAAAUAAUAAAAAAAUUAUACAAAAACUGAA